ACCUCGGUGCGGUCACAGGGCAGUGACAGAGUGGGCGUUGAAUCCGUCUUCCCCCUCCUUAUCUCAAAUCCUGACUUCACAUUCUCAAUCGCUACACAAGUUGAGUCCACACAGUUCGUGAAAUUUCCCCGGGGGAAACAUGACGGAAAGCUCCUCGACGAAGCUGCUGAACGGAGACGCCUGCCGCCGGACGUUAAACGGAAAAAACGCGAGUAAAAAUGGCUACGUGAAGAACCACUGUCUGUUUCAGCAGUCACAGAAGUACAGUCGCUCCGGGGAGAAGAAGCAAAAUGCGACCCAUAAUCCCAGUUUGUACAAGAAGCCCUACGUGGAGUAUUUCGAGGAGACGCCUCUGCUGGUGGCUGUGCUCACCUACAUGGGCUACGGCAUCCUCACCGUCUUCGGCUACCUCAGAGACUUCCUCCGCCACUGGAACAUCGAGAAGUGCCACGUGGCUCGAGAGAGAGACGAGCAGAAGGAUUUCGUCCCCCUCUAUCAGGACUUUGAAAACUUCUACACCAGGAACCUGUACAUGCGGAUCCGGGACAACUGGAACCGGCCCAUCUGCAGCGUCCCCGGAGCCAAGAUGGACCUCGUAGAGAGAGUUACCCACAACUACAACUGGACGUUUGAUCACACCGGCAAGGUGGUGAAGGACGUCAUCAACAUGGGGUCAUACAACUACCUCGGCUUUGCUGAGAACACUGGCCCUUGUGCCGAUGCUGCUAUCGAAGUCACACAGAAGUAUGGAGGCGGCGUGGGAAGCACUCGCUGUGAGAUGGGCAACCUGGACAUCCACGAGGAGUUGGAAGAGUUGGUGGCCAGGUUUCUGGGUGUCGAGUCGUCCAUGGCGUUCGGGAUGGGCUUUGCUACCAACUCCAUGAACAUUCCUGCUCUCACUGGGAAGGGUUGUCUCAUCCUGAGCGACGAGCUGAACCACGCUUCGUUGGUCCUGGGCGCUCGGCUGUCUGGCUCCACGAUCCGAGUCUUCAAGCACAACAACAUGCAAAGCCUGGAGAAGCUGCUGAGAGAUGCUAUUGUUCACGGACAGCCCAGAACCCACAGACCCUGGAAGAAAAUCCUGAUUGUGGUGGAGGGCAUUUACAGCAUGGAGGGGUCCAUCGUCCGCCUGCCUGAGGUCGUCGCCCUGAAGAAGCGCUACAAGGCGUACCUGUACCUGGACGAGGCCCACAGCAUCGGCGCUCUCGGCCCAAACGGCAGAGGAGUGGUGGACUACUUCGGCCUGGACCCCAAGGACGUCGACAUCAUGAUGGGAACGUUCACAAAGAGCUUCGGGGCUGCUGGUGGAUACAUUGGAGGCAAAAAGGAGCUGAUCGACUACCUGCGCAGCCACUCUCACAGUGCUGUGUACGCCACCUCCAUGCCGCCUCCUGUGGCCCAGCAGAUAAUCACCUCCAUGACGACCAUUAUGGGAGAGGAUGGAACAACUCUGGGCGCUGAUCGCCUCAAGCAGCUCUCAGAGAACACCAACUACUUCCGCAGGAGACUCCGUGAAAUGGGCUUCAUCAUCUACGGCAACGACGACUCGCCCGUCGUGCCGCUGAUGCUCUACAUGCCGGCCAAAAUCGGGGCUUUCGGCCGAGAGAUGUUGAAGAGGAACAUCGGCACCGUGGUCGUCGGCUUCCCGGCCACGCCGAUCAUCGAGUCGAGAGCGCGCUUCUGCGUUUCAGCCGCUCACACCAGAGAAAUGCUCGAUACCGCUCUGGAGGCCAUUAGUGAAGUGGGCGACCUGCUGCAGCUGAAGUACUCCAGACGGGAACGACCUCUUCCCUCUCUGGGAUGGAUGUCUGAAGAGAGCCUCCUUCAGGACUGAGCCAGCUCCAUCUUUUUGUUUCCUCCUUUCUAACCUCUCUGCACAACACACAUCCCGAUAGAUUAAUUUAUUUGAUAACAAACACUUGGAGCCAGACUCACUCACUCAGCUGCUCCGCAUCUGCGAGAAGCGAACCUGUGACCUGCGACCUGUUCGCACGUCUCGUCGCGUCGUGUCGUGUUUCCUCUCACGUCAUGUCUUAAAUCUUGCACGCACAGUGAAUAUAUAUAUAUAUAUAUAUAUAUAUAUAUAUUUGUGCAAUAAAAAAAAGAAAAAAGACUUCAAGAAACCUAAAACACAGUAGGGGAAGCUCUGUCGUGGAGAAGAGAUCUGAUCCUAGCCUUUUUGUACGAGACUAACCUGAUGCGUGUAAACAUUAUUUAUCGCAAAAGCAAAGGCGCAUUAUCUCACACACACACACACACACACACACACACAGACGGUUCCUGGUGUGUAUUGAUCCGACCGCUUCUACUUGAAUUUGCUUAUAGAAUAUUGGAUUUUCUUUUUUUUGUUUGUUCUCCCCAACCAAAGGUUGUUGCAUAUGUAUAGAUAUAUUUUCUACAUUUCUCUUGAAAUGCGAAGCAGAUGUUUCCAAAAGAAAAACAUGAAACUGUGGGGGGAAAAAAAUAGACUGACAAAAUAUUUUUUUACCGCUUAUUUUCUAUUAAUAGUCCUGCGGCCUAAUUUACUGUUUACACCUGCACUCAAACACUUGAGCCAAGGGUCUUUAGCAUUUCUUUGAGGUAAAUGGCCUACAUGUAUAUAGUUUCCCCCCCUCCAUUCUGCUCACUAAAGUGCUUUUAUGUGAAUAUCUGAGCAUGACGACACGCUGCAACUUCGAUCUGUAUGCAUGACGAUGCUGCUUCCAAACUCAUCCGAUAUGUACAGAACAGUUUUUAUUUAUUGAAGGAAGGCAUCUUAUCCUUUUGCUAUGUGUUUUUGAAAGGCAGCUCUAAAACACGCUACAGCUGAGAGUAUAUAUUUGAAUCAGUUACACUUCUUAACAUUCGCACUGUUACCACUGACAGGCCCUCUAAAUGCCGAAUGACGUUGGUAGGAAAGUUUUAUGUAUACCUACAUAAAUAUAUACCCUGAAUGUUCUUUAUUUAUUGUUUUUGUUCUUUUUUUCACCGUAAUUUUUACAUUUUGUGAUCAUCCACUGAAACAGCAUUCCAUAAUCAUUUUUUGCUUUCAGUGUGUAGAUGUCAUUUUGAUCUGUUUUUAUUUUAUAUUUUGGUAAACAGUCUGCUGUCCAGUUUCAGUGUGAGUCAUUUUUGUUCCGUCACUACUGAUGUCGGCUCAAGGUGGUGGUUGUUGGUCAGAAAAUUGUCUGUUGUCUGCCAAUGUGUUCGUUUAUGCUGAUAAAAAAAUCAAAAAAACAUCCAACGGCUUUGUUUUCUUUUUGCCUUUUUUUCCUUCCUCUACACAUCCAUCGUACACUACAGUGGCGUAUUUGUCCGAUGCAUUUCACCUCAUCCUUUAAUAAUUUGAACAAUAAUUUUAAGUGCGGGAGUGGGGAAAAAAAAGUUGAUAAAAUGUGGAAAACAUGAUUAUAAGUGCAUAAAAAGGUGCUCUGGCAAAGGAUUUUCUUCCUGGGAGAAGUUUCUCGUCGAGUGGACCGUUGGGAGUUUGCAGUUGUGCCUUUGUUGCAAAUGAGGUUUAUUGUUGAGAGAAAAGCUCGAAUUGGUCAGGUGUUUGCAAUAAACAGCAGAAACUGUUUGUAAAAACCUAAUAUUACGAGGAUUUCGUCGACAUGCAAUGCUACAUAACGGUAAACAUUUGCAAAUUGGGAGCAGUCUAACGCAACGGCUUCAUUUAGUUGCAUCGGGUCGAGAUACAACGCCUCAAAUACCUGGACGGUCCCCAUGAACAUUUCAAUGCGUAUUGAAAAUAUUUUGGGUAUAAAGUUCAGGCGUCAUCCAAAAAAGACAGAAAUAUAGCAAAGACCUUGACUUUUCCUAGAGAUACAAAUGGAAGCAUAGUUUGCAAUUUUUCAAAUAAGGUCCUACGCCACCUGAUCAAGGUAGCUAUCAUCGUUUGCCACCAGAUCACCUUGGAAACAGGUGGUCAACAAACCGUGGUUGGUGUCAUUCGACUUCCAAACGGGGAAAUAACUCCAAGCAUGUCUAAAAGUUCAACAAGGCUUUGGUUUUGGAGGAAGUCCUGGACGAUGCUGGAGUGGCCCAUCAUAUAUAGUUGCCUGACGUGAACUUUGUUGAAAAUCUCUGGUGUGGUUUGAAAAGGUGGUUGCGGCACUCUAGCCUAACAUUAGAAAGGAACUGGAGGACUUUGCUUGUAAUUAAUCUGGCUAAGGUUCCUCAGGAACACUGCUACUAGCUGAUAUCUGACUACUAAUCACGUUUGCAGUAGCAUUUUAUUUUUUUCUUUGAGACUUGAGUAGUCAUGAAAUGUAAAAUUCAGCGUUUGAUGUGGAGAAGUCACUCAUAAUAUUAGUUGUAAGAUCUUUAAAUAGCUUUUUUUUUCACUUUAUUAUUGCAAACAGCUGCCAGUUUGUUCGUUUUACCAAUAAACCUAAUUUGCAGCUGGUGUUGGAACUUGUUUUGUUUUUCCUCCUGACUUUCCACAUACGAAUCUGCAGUUAGUCUUUAAUGAAUAUGUUCAAAGUCUGGGCUUUGGGAACAAAAUAAUGUGACCUAUACUUCCCAAACCGAACUGUUUGGACCACAGGAAACUGAUCAGCCACGUUUGUCUUUGGAACUGUACGCUGGUUGACGGAUCUGAUCUGCAAAGCCAUGAUGUUUCUGAACCAUGCUGCUAGAAAACUGUGCCACGAAAAUUAAAUCAGUUUUGAAGUUGAA